AUGCCGGCACAUCGGCUGGCCUGUGCCACCAAGAACAUUAAAGACCUAGUGCACCUGGAAGCAGUUCAUGAUGUACUUGAUCUUUACCUUUGGCUAAGUUACCGUUUUAUGGACAUGUUCCCAGAUGCCAACCUCAUCCGAGACAUACAGAAAGAGCUGGAUAGCAUCAUUCAGCUUGGUGUGCACAACAUCACCCAUCUUAUCCGAGCCUCUGAAACGAGCACCGCCUCUGAGACUACUUCUGAGCUGGACGAUGACAUCCUUGUGUUGAAGACUUUUGUUAAGGAUAAGGUAUUCCAGUCAGAAAGGCUAUCCCAGGGCAAAACAAAUCUCUUGAGUCAGAAACAAGGACAGAGGAGAGUUCGUGGUUCCAAGGCCCUGGGUUUCAGGCCCACUGCUGGCAACUCAGAGAACAAUGAUGGCUCACUGAGCUCACGCCUAGUGCAGCAAGGGCUGCUCACUGCGAACCUGUUGGAGCAGCUGCAGAAGGAGUGGUCAGCUGCUCAGGAGGAACCCUCAGGGAAUAAUCAGACAGUUAAGGUGUGA